AUGUCAAAGCACAUUAAAAACAGCUAUGAUAACUCUGAUUAUGAUUUAUUUCAUACAGAUGAUCCAUGUUACACUAUAAACUGUGGUGUUGGUACCUGUUCUGGUGGAACCUGCUCAUGUCCAGGAGGAUACUCUGGAAGUAUUUGUCAAACUUAUGAUCCGUGUUACAAUGUUAAUUGUGGAGUCGGUACUUGCUCUGGUGGAACGUGUUCUUGUCCUGAUGGAUAUUCUGGCAGUACCUGCGAAAACUCAUGUCCAUCUGGUUAUGAUUGGCUUUCAAGUAGCAAUACGUGUGUUAAAUUUUAUGGAGGUGAUUACAGAAGUUGGGCUAACCUCAAAACGGCAUGUCAAGCUGAUGGUGCAGAUUUGCCUCUUUUAAAUACAGACACGCUAUUUAAUGACUUCAGGAUCUACAUGGAUCAAAAAUCAAGCGAUCGAGUUGCUGUUGAUGGAACGUUGAGCGGAAACCAAGGUAUUUGGUCAAACGGGGAUGUAUUGAGCAGCAAUAGAUUUUGUUCCGGGAAUCCCGAUCUGACGUAUCAACCAAAUGUGUGUUUAUACUUUGAGGAUACAGCUGCUGGUUAUUGUGGAACAACUACCAAUAGAAUUGACGAUUCUUUAUGUUCAACAUCUGCAUUAAGAAUUUGUAUGAAAAAAUUAUAAAUGCUUUAAAAAGGGUUUGAAUAGGA